AUGACCGCCGAAGACACAAAAGCUACUGAGACGGCCGCAGAGUCUGCUCCAGCCGCCACCACCGAAGAAGCAGGCACUUCAAAUGACGCUUCAAAAUCAUUACCAAGCACGCCAACAGCUGAAAAAGCGGCAGCUUUAUUCUCAAAUUUGAAAAGAAAUUUGACCACAAAACUAAACACAACAAAAGGUGAAUCAAGUGAAAAUAAAGAAGAAAAUGCUGAUGCCAGUGGUGGCGAUCAAAAUCUUUCAACGCCCACUCCAACAAGCGCAAAACGUUUAAGCGCAAGAGCAACAGAAUUCUUUAGUGACAUUCGUGGUGCAUUCAAACAACCUUUGGUAACAGAAGAUGCAGAUAAGAAUAAGGAAGGCGAAACGCCUGCCCCCGCCGCCGCUGCUGCUGCUGCUACUACAGAAGGAGGAGCCGAAGGAGAAGCAAAACCGAACAGACGAUUAACGCUUCGUGUUCAAGACCUUAUGCGUGGAGCAUGGAGUAAACCUUUGGUUGACAAAAAGGAUGAAACCGCAGAAGCGGCGAACAAUCAGGAAGCUGCAGGAACCGGUAGCUGGCUAAGCAUCUUUGGUGGAGCAAAGACAGCUGAACCAGAACCAGCACCAGAAGCUACAAAACCGAACAAAGAAUCUUUCUUUGCCGUUUUCCAUAAUCUCGUCAAAAAAGAAGAAGAAGCAAAAAAAGACGAUGAAGCAACGGAUGAUGCAGGAGCAAAGUUAAAAUCUUUCUUCAAACGUCGCAAGAGCACCCAAGCUGAGACAAGCGCAGAUGGAAGUGCAAAGGCCGAAGCAGGAACCAGCGAAGCAGCGAAGUAG